AUGACCACCCAAGUUACAAUCCCAUAUGGCAAUUCCACAGAAUUUUCUAUAAUUGGUUCUGAGGGAGUUGAGCGUCUUUUGCGAGUGGAUGAUUCGACAAAUGUUAGGUGUUUCUCAUGUGAUGACGAUAUUCAAUUUUUGAAUUGUCUUGAGAUUCUCCUUUUUCAUGUGGAAUUUGGGGUGAGAAACUGGUGCCAGAAUGGGUUUGGAAUUUACCUUGGGGGAUUUACAGCCCAAAUCAGCCAUUCCACGAUGGGAUGGUUUAGGGUUGUGUUGGUGAUUGUGCAGUUGAUGGUGGUGGCAGCUGUGGCAUUGCAUUUAGAGGCGGGGAAAUGUCCUAACCUUGUUUCUGUUCUUUCCAAACAAGCCAGUAAAUCAGUUGUGGUGGAAAAUAAUAAGAAAAUCAUGGCAGGCCUGCAUUAG